AUGGUUCACUGGGUAUCGUUAUCUACGGUUGCUAUGGACUGCAUUGCCGUUGGAUUCUACAUGCAAGCGCAACUACAACUGCAAAUGUUAAAGUACAAUUUCAUGCAUCUAGCUGAUCCAGAAGAUGAGAUCAAUGAUGAAGAUAAUGAUACAUUUGGAGUAAAAAUAUACAGAGAUUUAGAGAGUACACGAUUUGAGAAUUUGUUCCGCAGGCGAUUGAUUAUGUGCAUAAAACGUCAACAACUGAUUGUUUGGCUAGUCGAUGAAGUUGAAUCAAUAUUUGGAUCAUCAAUGGUUCUGCAAUUCCUAGUCAUGGCCUGGAUCAUCUGUAUGACUGUUUAUAAGAUAAUUGGUUUGAAUGUGAUGUCAGCGGAGUUCGUCACAAUGAUUGUGUAUUUGGGCUGUGUGUUGCUACAAUUAUUACUCUUUUGCUACUACGGAACACAACUUAAAUAUGAGAGCGAGUACGUAAAUCAAUCGAUCUACGAGUGUGAUUGGCCGGCGGUGUCGCCGCGUCUGCGUCGCCCGCUGCUCAUAAUGAUGGAGCGCUGCUACCGGCCCAUUGCACCCUGCAUUGCUUACGUGGUGCCCAUGUCACUCGAUACUUUUAUAUCUAUAGUGAAGUCAGCAUAUUCGUUGUACACGUUUCUGGAUCAGAGUUAA